AUGGCUUCUCGAUUUAGUGGCGCUUUACAGUUGACAGAUCUCGAUGAUUUCAUAACACCGUCACAGGAGUGUAUAAAACCAGUGAAGAUAGAAAAGACGAAAACAAAAACUGGCGCGAAGAUCAAAAUCGGUGAUGAUGGAUACUUUGAUGUAUCGAGCGGUCGUGAGCAGAAAUUACAGAAGGUAGAGAUCACAUUGGCAGAUUGCCUUGCUUGCAGUGGAUGUAUCACUUCUGCCGAAAGUGUUCUAGUUACUCGCCAGAGCCAGGAAGAAUUGCUUAGAGUACUUUCUGAACGCAAGUACACAGAUUCGCGAGGAGUUACAAAUGAUGUCAGUCUCGUCGUGGUGUCCAUGUCGCCACAGCCAAUUCUGUCGCUUGCUGUGAGGUACAAACUUAGUCCAGAAGAUGCUACAAAGAAGUUAGCAGGUUACUUCAAGAGCAUCGGCGCUGAUAUAGUCCUAGACAUGACAGUAGCAGAAGACCUGUCCUUAUUGGAAACCCAGCAGGAGUUUCUGCAACGCUACCAGGAACAGCAAGCCGAUCCUAACUCCAAGCAUCUGCCUAUGCUAUCCAGCUCAUGUCCAGGCUGGGUGUGUUACGCGGAGAAAACCCACGGGAACUUCAUUCUGCCGUAUAUAUCCACCACGAAGUCCCCGCAGCAAAUAAUGGGGACGUUGGUGAAGCGUGUCCUGGCUCAGAACCGCCAGUUGAAACCCGGCGCGGUGUACCACGUUACCCUAAUGCCAUGCUACGAUAAGAAGCUGGAAGCUUCUAGAGAGGACUUCUACAGUGAACUGCUUCAAUGCCAGGACGUCGACUGUGUCAUUACUGCUAUUGAGCUGGAACAGAUGCUGGAGAGUAGCGGCAAGUCGUUGAGCGAAGCGCCCGCCGCGGAAUUGGAAUUGGUUUUGGAAGGGGAGGGGGCGGGUGCAGGGGGCGGGGCGCUGCGCGCGCACGCGGGCUCGGGCUCGGGCGGCUACGCGCACCACGUGUUCGUGCACGCCGCACAACAGCUCUUCGGGGAGACAGACGUGCCCAUCAUUUACCGCAACCUGAGGAAUCCCGACUUCAAAGAGCUGGUCUUAGAGAAGGAUGGCAAGGAGGUCCUCAAGGUUGCCAUCGCCAACGGCUUCCGGAACAUCCAGAACUUGGUGCAGAAGCUCAAGCGCGGCAAGUCACCUUACCACUACGUCGAGGUCAUGGCUUGUCCCUCUGGUUGUCUGAACGGCGGUGCACAAGUGCGUGCAGUGGGCGGGGCGGGGCGCGAGCUGGUGGGUACUCUGGAGCAGCUCUACCGCGAGCUGCCGAGCGCCGAGCCCGCGCGCAGCCGCGAGGCACACCACGUGUACACGCACUGCCUCGACGGACGGCACUCGGAUAAAGCCAAAGCCUUGCUGCACACCUCCUACCACGCGCUACAAAAGUCAGAUAUCGCGCUCAAUAUUAAAUGGUGA